AUGAGUUCGAAACCCCAAGUCAUCCUCGUCGUUGGCGGAACGUCCGGAAUCGGAUACGCCACCACGCUUUCCAUACUUUCAUCACCUUACCUACCACUGAACGCGAAAGUAAUUGCGUUUGGGCUUAUAGAUUCGACCAUCAAGCUUGAGUUCACGAAGCAGCAGAGAGAACGUCUCAGAAUAGUCGAGGGCGAUGUCACAGUGGAAGAAGAUCGCGAGCUAGCGGUCCAGACGUGUUUCGACCACUUUGGAGGUCUCGAUACUUUGGUGUACUGUGCAGGUGUUAUUACGCCAAUCCAAAAAUUGGAAACGGUCGACAUCCAAGCGGUGAAGAGAAGUUUUGACAUUAAUGUGUUUGGCGCGAUGAGUAUGAUUCAACUUACGCUCCCAAAGCUCCGUGCUUCACGGAUAGCGCAUCCUCAUAACGCUGGUCGCGGCAAAGUCAUAAUCCUCUCUUCGGCCUGCGAUGACACAGUAUCCUACCAUGGAUGGAUGCCUUAUAGCACUACCAAAGCCGCGUUAACUCGGUUUAUCUCUUGUCUUGCACACGAAGAGCCACUGCUUAGCGUACAGGGUGUAUAUCCGAAGUUAACACGAACCAAGAUGAUCGAUGGGUUAGUCGAAGGGAAGUAUCGGGGCGUUAUGGCGGACCACGAGAUCGAGAGGUUCAGGAUUUGGGAUGAGAUGGGUGAUGAGAUGGUGGAACCCCCUGAGCUCUGUGGAGAGGCUGUCGCUAAAUUGGCGUUGGGAUUGUUCGAGGGCGGGAAGAGCGGAGAAACAUUGUAUUACGACGAGCAUGUUCCACGCAAGAUUGCGGGGACUCUCGAUGACUUCUUCAAGAGCAUUUAUUCCCGCCUUCCUCCAGAGCUGCGCUUGGUCAUCUAUGACGAGCUUCUCACUGAAGAUAUGAUGCACGGCAUGGCUAGCUGCGCGAGUCCUACCGCAUGGGCUUAUCCGCUCAAUCACAACACGUUCAUGUACAAACCAACCCCUCGGUUCCUCAACCCGCGGGUCUUGGAUAGCUCUUUCACGACCGAGAUAGUCAAGGCGUUCUAUGGCAAGUAUACCGGUUUUGAAGUCAAGCACCCGCUGCGGAUCGCAACUCUUCUUCAGCGAGAUUUCUUCAAACUCGGAUAUCACGUCAAACCUGCCAACUAUGUUCUCCGCGGUCUCACAGUCGACGGCUGUCUGCUUUCCCAUGACAAGCACUUCAUCAAUGUCAAGCUGCUUCCCACUCAAUUUGCUCCGCUAUUCAGUGCGCAGCAGCGCCUCGCAACUGGAUUUCAUCUCAACAUUCGUCUAUGGACUGACAAUAGCGCGCUCUACACUGCAAAGGAGAGCAACGCCCUAGGACUGGCUCUACAGCGCACUCUACAGGCGCUCAAGCCAGUUUUCGCGAAGCUGAUCGAGAAAGAGCCCACGGCUACUCACAGCGUAGUGUUGGAGAACGAGCUAUCAACGCAUAGUUUGAACGCGGACUAA